AUGACAAGGCAAAGAUCUUUUACCAUUAUUAUUAUUACUCUUAUCAUUUGUAUAAGCAACAUUUUAGCACAACCAACAACUCCUCCUCCUCCUCCUCCAACUCCAACUCCAACUCCAACUCCACCUCCCAGGAAACCACUUGUUCUACAUAUUGUUCCUCAUACUCAUGAUGAUUCUGGUUGGUUAGAAACUUUUGAUGAAUAUUAUAAUUCAGAUGUUAGAUCUAUUUUAAAUACUGUCACUUAUUCAUUACAAAAUGAUCCAUUAAAGACAUUUGUUUGGUGUGAAAUAGGAUUUCUUGAAAAAUGGUUUGGUGAUAUGAUAGUACCACAAAGUUCAAAGGAUGCAUUUAAAAGUUUUGUUCAAAACAAGAGAAUAGAAUUUGUUGGUGGAGGAUAUGUACAACAUGAUGAGGCAUGUCCAAAUGCAGAUUCAAUCCUACUCCAAAUGACACAGGGUUUUGAAUUUAUCACCAAACAAUUUGGUAGUCAGUAUCUACCAGAGACUGCUUGGCAAAUAGAUCCAUUUGGGUAUAGUGCUGCUUCAUCAUCGUUGUUUUCUCAACUUGGAUUCAAACAAGUGGUCAUCAAUCGAAUCAAAGCAUCUAAAAAGGCAUUGAUGAAGAGUUUUUCUGAACUGCAAUUUGUGUGGCGUGGUAAUCCCAAUCUUAAAGAAUCCUCUGAUAUCUUUACUCAUGUAUUGGAUGAUCAUUAUGGACCACCCCAACAAUUCAAAGAUCUUACCAUCGAGUAUCCUGGUGGACCCAACGACACACUCACUCCAUUCCAACUAUACCAACUCACAAGUUUCUUGGAUUCAAUUGGACGUAGACAAUCUGGUUACUAUGAAUCACCUCAUUUUAUGUUAUUAAUUGGUGAUGAUUUUACUUAUUCAAAUCCAAGUUUAUUUAACAAAGUUGAUAAAUUAAAAGAAAUAUUAUCAAUAUAUUAUCCACUUGUUCAAGUAAAGUAUAGUACACCAUCAGAAUAUUUUAAAGAAUUGUCGGAAUGGGCCAAAAAAAAGGGAUUGGUAUACAAGAUGUAUGAUGGUGAUUUCUAUACUUAUGGAGAUCCAAAUGAUUGGUGGACUGGAUAUUAUACUUCUAGAAUGGUGUUAAAGGGAUUGGCUAGAAAGGCAAUGAAUGAAUUUAGAGUGUCCCAAUAUUUGUCAUCGACACUUGUCAACCAUUCACAAGACUUUAAUGGUGAUUUGCAAAAGGCUAGCGCGGAUAUAUCAAUUGUCCAACACCAUGAUGGUAUUACUGGUACUUCUGUCGUCCAUGUUGUAAACGAUUACCUCACUCGACUGCUGACAUCAAUGAAAAUCACAACGUCGGUUAGUACCGCAGCACUUUCAGAGCGAUACAAUUUCUCAACCCUAGAGAUGUCAGAUCAUCGUCCAAUCAUUGAUUUUGGAGAUUCCAAUGUUGUGCCAGUCGUGUUGUACAAUCCAUUGGGUUGGAAACGAAACGCACCACACUCUAUCUAUGUUAAAUUGCCAUACAACUCGGUUGCUAUAAACUGUCCAGUAUCGGUAUGGAGUGGGGACGAUCAGCAACAAGAUUGCGACUGUCUAUUUGAAGAAGGAUUUGCAGGAUCAAUGGUACUGAGAAUCGACUGGAUGGUGGAAAUGCCUGCAUCGGGUAUAUCUACCUAUUUCAUCAAGAAUCAAGAGCCAAGUGCAUGGUCAAAAACCAAUCCAACAGGAGACGCUAGACCAAUCAUUUUGCCAGUAGUGUAUGACCGAUAUGACAAUCCCAAUGUUCUCGAAAACUCAAUGGUUCGUGUCAAUUUUAAUCCAGUCACUCAAAUGGCCCAUACCUUUGAUCUCAUCAAGGACAAUAUGUCAAUGUUGGUCGAUCAGGAUAUUGCACAAUACGAUGGUGUUGGAGGAUCAUACAUUUUCAAAACAUUUGGACCAAGCAAGUCAAUCACCAAUCCAAACAUCACCAAAUAUCUAAUUGGUAGAUUUAGAAAGGAUGUGGUUACUAGUCACUCGAAUCCCAAUCAUCCCGAACCCGGGUUUAGCACUGUCGUGACUACUCGUCUCAUUGAAGGUAGUAGUCACGUUUUCUUUGACUAUAGAGUCCGUGGUUCUCCCAACAAAGAUAUCAUUGUCCGUUUCAACACCAAUUUCCCAAACCCUAAACUCUACACUGACGAUGGUAUAAACUCAAUCAAUAGACAUAUUCAAUAUAGAAAUUUGGAUAUUGCAGAAGAUUAUUACCCUUCCAUUUCAUUUGCCUAUCUUGAACAAGAUAAUAUUAAUUUUAUUUGUACAAAUGAUAGAAGUAGAGGAGUAUCAUCAACAUUAAGGGGUGGAAUUGAAUUUAUGUUGCAUCGAAGUUGUUUACAAGAUGAUGGUAAAGGUAUGAGAGAACCAAUGAUUGAUGACUCUACCAUUCUCACUCAAACCCAAGUCUAUUUUGACUCUUCAUCCGAGUUGGCUCGUCAUCAUGCAUUGUUGUUGGAAAACCCAAUUAAAACUUUCCUUGCCAAUAUUCAUGAAAUUGGAAAUAAUCAAGUACCAAAUUUUAAUAUUCGUGAAUCUUUAUCUUCAGAAUUAUCACCAAAUUUAUAUAUGAUGACAUUAAAAAAAAUGAAUGGUACUUGUUUGUUUAUUAGAUUAAUGAAUAUUAAUCCAAAUCAAGCAUUGACCGUAUCAGUUGAUAAUUUAGUACCUGGUUUUGCACCCACUCAUGCUCAGGAAACUGAUUUAUCUGGAUUUAGAGAACCAAGUAUAGGAUCAAAGAUUCAAUUCAAAUACGACAGCAAUCUAUAUUUCCAAAGCGCUUUCCAAACUGAAAAAAGAUCAAUCAGUGCCCCUUCUCUUAAAGUUCAAUCUUUUAAAAAGAAUCAAGCAACCAAAGUAGAAGAAAUACAAUUAAUAUUGGAUUUUAAAAUAAUAUCCUCAUCAACAGUAGAGGGUCUUUAUUUAAAUGAAUUGGUUUCCUCUUUUGGUAAAGUUUGUAGAGUUUUCAACUGGAUGAGGUGA